GCGCUUCAGCGGUGGGUUCGGAUUUUCCGAUGCGCUCUCUAGUGCUGUCCCGUUCGCUCUCGCAGUGCUGCGAGCGUUUAGCGUUGCCAAGGAAAAGCGUCGAGGAUACGGCGUCUCCAUCGUGUGUCAACAUGUCGUUCGUUAUCUCCGGUUGCUGUUGUGUGUGGUUGGUGGUGAAUGGGGCAUUUUUUUCCCUUCAGGUUUUGAGAGAUAGAUAGAGAGAGAGAGAGAGAAAGAGCGAAAAAGGCACGUCUGCUCCCGUGCCAGAUGGGACGAGCUCGUGGAGAGUGUUGUGUUUGGUCCGUCCGACGAAUACCACGCUAUCAGGCCGUGCCUCAACAACACAACAUCACCAGCAGCAGCAGCAGCAAGAACAGCAGCACAAUUCAUCUCGCGCAACCGGGAACUUACUGCCUCUGUAGGUGGCAGGUGUCGAAGGCGAACAAAAGUGAUGUCUGUGAAGCAUUUUCUUCCGUGUGAUUAUCAUCGACAAAAUACGUAUACGUUAAUUCUACAAUCGAAGUAACGCAAGCAAACUGUUUAAACACCGUAUACGAGAGAAAUUCUUGCAUUUACGAGAACUUAGUAUUGGUUCGGUUGAAAGUGUCCCAUCUUCAUCUUCACUAUCGUGUUCCAAUCUCUUCCAUCGCUAAGACGACACAAUACGCUCAAACGCCUCGAGGAGUGGCCAGAGGGCAAUUACGCUUGACGGUGGUCGGAACACGGCGACUAGUUCUGCUACACCUUCUACCAGCCUGCUAUUACUUCCGGCAGCGAUUGAUCACCACUGAUAAGCGCCACCGAAAAGCACCCUUAACGCCGAAUCCUGUCCCUCGGUGUGUGUGCGUUAAAGCUGACCGGGAAAAAAGCACCUCCGAAAGAGAGCGUAUUUGUAGUGGUGCGCUAUCCACUACAAAAAAAAAACGGACGCGUCCGAGAGCAUCUAAAAAAACAGCAGUAGCAAACAAAAAAAGGAGCAGAUAACCGUAAUCCGACGUUUUUGACGUUAUUCCGUGUUUUUUUGUUUACGUAUUGUUUGACCCGAGCCGCCGAUUUUGACAGCUUUCGGGAGAACGGAUAUAUACAAACAAGCGCGUGGACUUACUACGAUGGAUAAUAAUGAUGCGGCGUGUGUUGUACGCACGUAGUUAGUAAACAGUGUGUGCUGCUGUUUCGCGUUGCAAGGUGCUUCGUUUUCUUGUGAAAAUAAAGUUUUACAUAAAAUGCACCAAAGCAUCGCAGUAUCAAAAAUUUCUCAGUGCGUGAAAGUGUAAUUGUGGUGUAAGCAAUUCGUAUGCUCGUUUAUAUUGUCUUUCCGUGCCGGCGGGUGGUCCAAAUCCAAGUGAACAUGUGUUGAGUUUGGGAGUUGUGGUUGGCUGCCAAAACAAAAAAGGAACCGUGACGAGAGAGAACAAAAACCCCUUCUACAGUGCGUGUCCAAAUGUUCAAAUGUCCUGUGCUCCUGCUGUUCUUAUGCAUGAAUUGUUGCUCCUACGUUUGAGGAAGUUUCUCGUACACCACAAUCCGGCCCACCAACUGUUGAUCCUGCUUGCCUGAGUCGCACACCUUGCCGAUGGAUAUGAAAUUUGUCAAAUUUAAUUGAGUGAUACCAUUUAGUGCUUGAUGUUGCACUACUGAACCAGCGUGAAAUAAUGUCUUAACAAUCGCUGGACGAUUUGCUAGCUUCCAUGUAGUUGUCAGAAGAAAAAAACAACUGGCACGGCUGAAGUUGACGUGAACGUGAAAGAAAAAUGGAACAAUGUUCUUCAAGAUGAGUUUGUGAAGUCAUCUACGACAAGCUGAUUCUGGUGAUAAAAAACUGCACGAGCCCCGAAACAUCCCAUCCAAGAAUAUAAAAAAGCACCCAGUUACACUUACACAUCUGCAGUAAAAUACGAUAUUGUGAUAAAGGUAUUAAAGAAAAGGAUAUUCAAAUUCUGGUUCGUACGUGGACGUGGUGCAAUAUUUCCUACCCUGGUCAAGCUUCAAUACAAAAACACACCUAACUGUACACAACGCACAACAAUGCAAGAAAAUAGCGUAACGGCGGUUCCGGUGUCGGCGGUGACGGCAUCCGGACUGGGCACAAUCGGCACCAGUGCCGGAAGCACCGGGCCUGGCGUGGUCGGAAACACAGUCAACAGUGGCAGCAACAGCAAUGGCAGCACUGGCAGUACGAGCAACAACGGUCCUGGCAGUGGUCCAAUCACGGCCUCGACAGGCUCCGGCAGUUCGACCAUCUCACCACACGGCCUCAGCGACAUCGAUCAGGCACAGUUCGAAGCCGACAAGCGGGCAGUCUACAAACAUCCUCUGUUUUCCCUGCUGGCACUGCUGCUAGAAAAAUGUGAACAAGCCACCCAAGGCUACAUUCCUUCCUCGUCUUCCGCGUCUAGUCCAAACGGGUCAUCCAACAAUGGCACCAGUGAUGGAGAUAGUUUCUCCCGAGAUAUUCAGGCCUUCGUACAACUGCUGGAGAAAGAAAAGCGUCCUCUGUUAACGAACAAUAGCGAGCUGGAUGGACUAAUGAUAAAAGCAUUGCAAGUGUUACGAAUACAUCUGCUCGAACUGGAGAAGGUACAGGAGUUGUGUCGAGAUUUCUGCACACGCUACAUUGCCUGCCUUCGUAGUAAGAUGCAGUCGGAAAACUUACUUCGAUCGGACUAUGCUCUCGAGCACAACAACAACCUGUCCAACUCCAACAGUCCCAUCAACAGUCCGGAACAGGAUCUUUCCGGUAGUGCCCAGGGAUAUUACCAGAACACGGAUUACUUGCAAGGGAGCGACACAAGCGAAUACAGUAAUAUGCAAGCUAAGGGAGGCUUACUGAGCUGCAGUAGUCCGUGUGGUCCGAGUAUUCAGACAUCGAAUCCACAACAUUCACUUCCCCAUCCAGCGCUUCAGCAGCAGGAUCAGCACUCACUUCACCAUCACCAGCAAGUGCCGACAUCAUCAGCAAUACAAUUACCAAACAGUGCCAUCAUCUUGGAGAAUUCGACCGUUGAAGACUUGUCACAUGCAGGAAACCCGCUUCCACUUGCUGGCGGUGUUGGAAUGCCUGGACUUGCGGGAUUGUCUGCAUUGCAUGGCGAUGCCACGGGAGCUCUGCUUCCAACUGAUCUGAGCGCAGCGGCAGCUGCCGCUGCCAUGGCAUUCCAGCAGCAACAGUAUCACCUACCGACGCAUCCUAACGCCGACACGAUGCCUCUCAGCUCGGUUCGAUGUCCACCGGCAAUUGCGCUUACCUCACCGCUUGACAUCUACGCUGGUCAGCUCUCACCGUGUGGGAGCUCCGAUGAGCUUGACUCCGAACUUGACUCACUCGGGGACGGUGAUUCGAGUUCGGGCAAACGACAGAAGCGAGGCAUCUUGCCCAAACAUGCCACCAGUGUAAUGCGCGCUUGGUUAUUUCAGCAUCUAGUCCAUCCCUAUCCUACUGAGGACGAAAAGCGUGCGAUAGCAGCACAAACCAAUCUCACCUUGCUUCAGGUAAACAAUUGGUUCAUUAACGCUCGUCGACGUAUCUUGCUACCAAUGCUGGAGAAUGCCUCCGACAACUCUGGGGAGUAAGAUUGUCAUACUCCAUGUCUUGCUUAUUGCAAAACAUAGUUCACCAAAGAUCCACUAACAGUAACCUAUACGGUGUGUAGGAUAAAACCUCAGGAUAAAACUGCAAAACUAAAACAAGAUGACAAACUGACUGGAAGCAAACUGUUUGCAACAUACCAUCAUCCGUUUGAAAAUAGCCUCACAGUCAAGUCUAAGCUCUUAGUAAUCGAACGACAGGUUGCUCUAUUAAUUCGCGUUGAAGUACGCCUUCUUCUUCUUCUUCUUGGCUAAGUACCUCAAAGAUUAUGCCGGCCAUUUCUGGUUUAUUAGACUUAUUUUUACUACGUAGCAAGAUUGACUAUCUUGCUAUGGUGGCACGGUCUGGAUGGGAUUUGAAACCCGGUCCUGCCGUGAAUGAAGUACGUAUUUUACAAAACAAUCAUUCGUUCCUCAUUGUUUGUGAAGCGGGUGCCUAAUCAAUGUUUUCUAGAAUUACAAUCGGAAACAAUUCGUAAGAGUAUACGUGUGUAGCCUAGAUUAUGUUUCACAAACAAAUGUCACCGUAAUCGAUGUUUUACGAUUAAUUGAGGGGCGUUAGGAAUGCGCAACAACAACAUCCACACUGGUAAUUACUCGACCGUGUUGAACUGUAUCAAUUUAAAUUCUAUUUUUAGAUGAAGUAUGAAUUGGAAAAACAAUUCGUGAUAUUUCCCCAUUUCCUGGGGGGAUUUUUGAGUAGGACCACCCCCGUAGUUCUAAUCAACUUGUCAACUUGCCUGUCAAGCAAACAAAAUUCUCAGUUCGCUACGUAAAAAAAACACACGGAAUUCAAACAAUAGAAAGGCGAACCAGUGGCCGAGUAAUUGCUCCAAUCAAUGUGGGUAAACAGUGCCAUGCCACCUUGUGUUGGUGUCGGGGCCGGUGGUACGGUGCCAUCCGAUUUGAAUAGAAAUGCAAUUUACAAACAAAUUCAUCCCAAUCAAACGUACCCCGCACACAAGCGCACGGGAACGACAAUCGUUACCAAUGGUCGAAUUUCGGUCACAGCACAGAUUUCCAGAGAAAAGGCCCUGCCCAGUUCCUUCCGUAACCGGGUGAAGUGGGUUAUUAAUUAACCCGACUGCAAGCUGCUUCGCUAUCCUUUCAUCGGUUAAUGCUAUUAAUGGUGAAGGUGAACGUGCGAGAAAAAACAAAAUAGCACGACAGUGAGGAUAUUAUUCGUGCGUGCCGGUGCGCUAUGAUGAGGCCUGAAUUGAUUAAUAUUUAUUACCUUCGUAAUGAGCCCUGCCGUGGUUCGUGGUUAAGGACGACGAAUCGGGAGAGCUGUGGAUUUUAUUUUUCGGUUUUCUCCCCACCUGUAACACCGGGGUGUUGGGAAGUCUUCAAACACGCGGCGUAAAGGUAACUCAAUUAUGGAUCGGAAGGAAAUGGUACCGGCGGUGGUUCUGAAAUCUGAAACCGGCAAUGCGUGAACGGAAGUUUUCGUGUGACGUUCGAACACGCUGAGAAGCCGAAAUGGAAAUGAAUUUGUGCGUUUCGGGGUAGUUGAAUGCUUCGAUUACAGCUUACCUUACCGUUUGUGGCAUCGUGACCAGUGGUGGAUGUAAUCGGAUGACGAUUACAUAAAUAAAUAUCAUUUGCAUACAUUUUGAGGCACAUUCGCCAGAGGAGAGGAAGAAACAUUAACCACCUGCGAGUGGACGGUUAGACUAAAACCCCUCAACGAUGAUAACCGCAUGAUUACGAAUGAUGCACUUAAAAGAGUAACAGAACGCAGACAAAGAUUACGAGCUGUUUGCUUUAAAGCGGUUCAUAAUUAAAAGGAAAAAGAGCACACAAAUCGCUUCCUACAAAAUUUCUUCCCAGAUGAAGAAAAUAAUACUUCCAAACGCGACAUGGAGAUACUCAGAUGACGGCAAGACCGAAGAUAACUCAUACAAAACAAACAAGCCAAGUAUACGUAAAUGAAACAAACACUCAAUCCUGCUAGAAGAAAAUGGAAUUCGACAUGGAAAGAUAUUCUAUUUAGCAUGUAAAGAUGCAAACGAUGGUUGCACAUAUUACGAGAUAAGCAAAACAAAGUUACUUUUAAGUGUCAUAUUAGUUCCGUUUUCUAAGUUUAAAUUGGUGACAUGAAACUACUGUGACAGAAUGAAACAAAGCAACAGAUAUACGUACAUUAGUAUACUAAGGGCAGGAAAGGAAAAAUGAAACAAAAAACAAAAACUAAGCAAGUUAAAAUACGUAAGUAAGUGCGAAUCUAUCGGAAAGAGCGUUUCAGUAGCCGUAAAUAAGUACAUUAGAAAACGAAACGCACGAAAAUGGCAAGGAGAGAAAUACUCUAACCGGUUCAUUUCUCGCGCGAAUUGGCGAUCCGUAGCGAAAGAAGUGGAAAAAGGAUGUGAAAAUUAACAAAGCGCUGAUACACGAGCGAAAGAGGAUGAGUGAAUUCUGUGAUAAUAGAUUUAUUUGAUUUCCAUAUCGCCAUGAAAAGAAACGAAAGCGAAAAACGGAAAGUUGAAACAAAAACGCCCGUCAGCAAUCAACAACAGAACCAGAUACUCCAGUCGCAAACAGAAACUUGCCGAAAGUGUUAGUUGCGCGAGAAGAACAUGUUCUAUUCCUAAAAAUUUGGAAUAGUAAGGUGCUUGUUUUGAAAGAAAAAAUAACAAUUUUGUUUGAUGUUUUGCAUUCGGAUUAUCAAUCUUAACUACAACGUACAUACAAAACUGCUGUCGUCUACUUGAAGCGUUCGUUGUAAAAAGCAAUGCGGAUGUAAAAAGUGCAACUAGUGAACACACUCUUAUACGAUAGGAUGUUACGAAAGAAUCUGCAAGCCUAAAACAAAAAGAACAAGCUCGUGUGAAAUAUUAAACGAAAACAAACACAACCAGUCAUCGAAGUAACUGAAGUAUACCAUAUAUGAAAUAAGUGAACCGGUAACGUGAAGUGCGUAAACAGUAUACAGAACGAAGGAGGAAAGGAAGAAAAAAAUAAAACAAAACAGUAACAGAGUAACUAUAAAAGACGCAACACAAAAACGAAGAAAGUAAACCAAGAAUGCCAAGUGUGAAGCUUUUAUGUUGAAAAUAGUGAAACAAAUUUUGCGUUGUUAGUAUCAAGUGAACACAAACCAACAACGGAUAAGAAACGAUGCAAUUGCUGAAGAAGGAAGAAAGUGAAACUACAAAUACCAUCGUCUCUGCUGCGAACCUUGUAUACGUAAUAGGAAACAAAGAACAAAGAAUUCAUAUUGUGAGUGAGGCAAACGAAAUAAUAGAAGGUAACAAAUUUACGUUAUUAUUUUCUAACAUUAACAUAUAUCUAUAUAUAUACACAUGAAUAUAUUCCUAGUAGUGUAAGGUUUUUAUUAACAUUUCCUAAUACAAUUAAGAGAAUGAAAGAGUGGAAAGAAGGAAGAAAAAUGAAAGGUAUACUAAUUUCCCUGCCUCGAAAAGAAUCGCAAAACCUUCUUUCUUUCAUAUUUUGUUUUUCUUACUAACAAUGUAUCUUUCCCUUCUGUAAUGGCUACUCACUCAGAACUAACUAAUGUAUAGAGAAACAACAAAAAAAAAACAAACAAAAAUGCAACCACUGUUAGCCAAAUAGUGAUGGUAAACACUCAUUAAACAGCACCGUCCAAAAAAAAUGAAGCAAAACGGUGAAAAGUUGUGGAUGAAACACGUUUCACCAAAAAAUCUUCCUUUCAACCAAAUCUUUUCCACAACCCCCAAACCUUUACGAACACCCCGUGGUCAUUCUUCCAAUCGAGAAACAAAGAUGUUACCAUGUUACGUUAGCUGUAGAUCCGAACCACGGAACCACACGUGUGUAGAAGAAAGUUGUUGUGUUUUUGUUGGUAGUGUGCGUUCCUUUUCUGAUUGUGUGUGCUACUUUUGAUUUCAAUGUCCUAGUCUCAUUGUGAAAGGGAAUUAGGUUUCGCUUGACACGAACCCAACUCGCGCUGUGAUUAUGGGAUGUCCUUGAAAAAUAGUUUUUUUUUUAAAUCCCAUCAAAGCCAUAGAAGUGGUGAGUGAAACCAUGCUGUCGGAAAAUUGAUUUCUAUUUCUUUGACAAAAUUUUCACUAUUGGUAUUAAAUGUCAGCGCAUUGCAUUUUCGACGAUCGUAAGAUUAAUUCAUAAAUCUAAAGAAUUAUUUGCCACAACCCCCGGAAUGAUUUUCAAAAGUUUGUUUGAUGUCUUCAUAUGUAUACCCCAGUGAACUCACACAGACAGAGGAGGUUCCUUUGGCAAUAGCAUUAAAUUAUGAGUUUUUGAGAAGGGAUGUGUAUACAUUUAACUCCUACCAGAAAAAUCGUGUAUUUUAUUCAUUCACACGUUUAUCAUGGUUUUUUUUAUAUAUAUAGAUGAAUGAAAACAUUUUUGAAGGCCAUGCAAACGCAAACACACAACUUAACGUCCGUGCCAUUAAGAGAGAAGUAAAAGGAGAUAUGAUAAUUAAGAAAGGGGAAAAAACCUAGUGUAGAAUAGCAAGAGGGCUUGACGGUGACAACACAGAACUACCUUCAGUUAAAAGUACGUAAAACAUAACUUUAGAUCUAGAGACAACAAAAUGUAUACCACAUAAAAAAAAAAUACCUAACAUGGAAACGAACCUAGAACAACGCACUUUCAACCGCGGGAAAUGCGUUUAGGCUUGUUUGCUAUUGUUUUGCGCUUUAUGAAGAAGUACAUGUAAAUGCAAACCAAUACCCAACACAACACACCAUACUCUGUGACAAAUACUUUGUUUGCGUAAAAAAAACGCUAAAACAUAAAAUUUAGAAAAUCGGUACACAACCUGUUUAGCUUACACUUUUUCGGCGAAAUAACUAAAGCAAAGAAGGUUUGUUACCUCCUCAAAAACUACACAAAAGUAAAGUGAAACACACUCGAAGUAAAGAAGCAGAAGCUGGGUGACAGUAAGAUUGGCAACAAUCUAUCUAAAGAUCAGUGUAAAAAAAGAGUAAUUUACAAAGAACGAUGGCGCACCGGCAACAUCGCAUGUCGGAAGGAAAUGGUUACCCCACAAACAAACAAACGAAAAGAAAAUGUAUACUAUUAUAUAAUGAAUUGAUCAUUAAAGAAGAAAUCAAGUGAAGGGGAGAAGGGAAAACCCCCUUCUUAUGCAAACGCAAGCAAAUCUAGCCGAAAAUGAAAAACAGAAGCCGAACAGAAGCUGCCUCAUUUUAACUGAAAUGACAGCUGAGAAUAAAACUAUUUGAAAUCUA